GCCAUCUGUCCUGUCAUCGUUUAGCAUGAUUUGAAGGCAGGAAGUAAUAUUCCAACAAAUGUUCGAUCAUUUCGCAAAGAAAUUAAAAAUCUUGUGAAUCUUGAACACGUGUCUGGUUGUGAUGUCUGGCAGCGGUGCGUGUGUUCUGCGUGGUGUGUCUCUGUGCUCACCAGUGGGUGAACUUGUGCUGAGUGGCUGUGACAGGGGAGUACACAGCAUUGACAUCAAAGUGGGAACAGAAAACAAGGAGAGCGUACUCUCUGAUGGCCAAUCAGAAAUGAGCACUGAGUUACAGCGGUGUGUUGACUGGAUUCAGUGCUACUUCAUCAACCCUGAGUCUGUCAGCUCUCUCCCUCUACCUGCCUUACACCAUCCACUGCUGCAGAGCGACUCUUUUACUUCACAUGUGCUGUGGACUCUGUUUAAGGAAGUAGGGCUUGGUAAAACUGUCUCCUACAAGCAGCUUGCUGAAAUGUCAGGAAAUCCAAAGGCUGUGCGAGCUGUUGGCGGAGCGAUGAGGAGAAACCCAAUUCCUCUGAUAGUGCCAUGUCAUCGGGUGUUGUGUAGCUCAGGGCAAAGUGGACGAUACAUGGGAGGAAAAGGAGAUGAUAUUAAAGUGUGGUUGCUCACUCAUGAGAAAAAAGCUUUGGAGUCAACCUGAUAUACCCCCAAUCACUUCAUUCACUCUGCUUCUGUUUGUUCAAAGAAAGAAAACUUUUUUUUUUUCUCUAUCAAGUCUGAUUUUGAGUUUGAGACUAUGACUGUCUAGUGAUUGAUUGGAGAACUGAUGUUCCAUUUGAGCAAACAUAUUCUUUGUCAGAGUCCACUGUAUACUGCUAGGAGCAAGAUGUUUUGAAUUUUGUGAGCAGGUGGUUUGAAACUGCUGACAGGUAAAGAGUUGUUAUGCUAUUUGUAUGUUGUUCAGGUUAUCAAAGAUACAUUGAUAUUGUUAAAAUGUUAUUGAUUAAUUAGUAUCACAAGUACUUGUGUAUAAAGGAGCUGUUUUUUGUUUUGUUUUGAGUAAUCUGAAGGAUUAUGGAAAAUUAUGCAAAUUGUAUAUUUUGAAAUACAUAUUUUUUUCUGUCCUAAAAUGUUAGAUUUUUGUAGCAUUUUAUUUUGCUGCUUCUUAUUGCAGAUCCAGUUUAGGGAUGUAUAAAAAUGUUUUGAGCAAAUAAACAGCUCUCAGCUAAAAAGAUGGUAAAAACAAACCAUCAGUCUAAACAAAUUAUGUUUAACCUCACAGUGGAUCAAAUUAAUAAAUGUUGCAGUCCUAGGUCAAAUUCCUGGUUACCUUUUCUACCAGACAUUUGUCGUUUCCUGUCAGUAGUGGGAUUUAUUGUGUUACUCCGUGAUGUAUCCAACAUUUAUCAUAUCUCAGCGUCUGAUGCACUUAAUUCUAAUUCAGUUAUUUGCACCAACACACAAAUGCAGCAAUAUUGAUGUCUUCUAUAAUGAAGGUUGCUGUAUCUGCUGUCUGAAAACCUCAAAUUAAAUACAGAAUAGGAAGAAAAAAAUAGGCAGUUUAUGAGUUCUCAUCUACCAACCUCUGAGUGGUUUUAUAUGUAAAACACUUCACAUAUUAAUCACAUUUCAUAGAUAUACACUACCGCUCAAAAGUUUAGGGUCACUUACUCAAUCUUUAUUUUUUAUUUUUUCAUAUUUUAGAAUAAUAGUAAAGUCAUCACAACUAUGGAAUAAUAGAAAUGGAAAUAUGGGAAUUAUGUUGUGACUAAACAAAUAAAUAAACCAAAACUAAGUUAUA